UCCCUGGAUUCUCCCCGUCUUGCUUCUGUCAGCGAAGAGGAUUUUACAAAGCCACAGAAAGAUGUGUGACCAGCAGAAGCAGCCACAGUUCCCUCCAUCUUGUGUGAAAGGUUUGGGAUUGGGAGGUGAGCAGAGUACCAAAUGUACCCCUGUGAAAUGCCCAGCUCCAUCCCAGACUCAAACUUGUGUGAAAUGCCCAGCUCCACGCCCAGCUCAAACCUACGUGAAAUGCCCAGCUCCACGCCCAGCUCAAACCUACGUGAAAUGUCAAAUGCCAUGCCAGACUCAGACCUAUGUGAAAUAUGCAGCUCCUUGCCAGACAUACGUGAAGUGCCCAGCUCCAUCCCAGACAACCUACAUGAAAUGCCCAGCUCCUUGUCAGACAUACAUGAAGUACCCAGCUCCGUGCCAGAUGACUUACGUGAAGUACCCAGCCCCUUGCCAGACCCAGACAUGCUAUGUCCAGGGACCUUCUCCCGGCCAGACCUACUAUGCUCAGGCUCCUGCAAGUGGCUCGACCACCUCAUGCUGUGCCCCUGAUCCAUGCUCUGCACCCUGUUCCACCAGCUACUGCUGCCUGGCUCCCCGGACCUUUGGGGUGAGUCCCCUGAGACGUUGGAUCCAACGGCCCCAGGACUGCAACUCAGGAUCAUCUGGCUGCUGUGAAGAUUCUGGGUGCUGCAGCUCUGGAUGCUGCAGCACUGGGUGCUGCGGCUCUGGGUGCUGCUGUUUGGGAAUUAUCCCCAUGAGGUCCCGAGGUCCUGCAUGCUGUGAUUGUGAGGAUGACUGCUGCUGUUAAGUACAGAACUGACCUGCUAUAUCUUUUGGAACAUUCACCAGCCUCUGGCCCCCUCCCUGUAUUCCCAGUGAUGUAGACUCUCAUUGCUUCACUGUGUACUUUGCUUCUUUAUCAAGGCAGCCUGCCAGAAUUGGUGUGCCCCCCACACUUUGGCAAGAAUAAAGCUCUGAAUGCAAUUCA